UCUGUCAUAAAACACGAGUAAAAUCAGAGAAACAAGCUUAGUUCGAUUCCUGCCACUGUUGACAUCUAACGUGCAUGGCCAAACCAUCAACAUGGGAACAGUUUUGAUGUGCGCAAUCUUGUUCAGCUUGUUGGGACUUUCUUGCGGAACUCGGGAAUUGCACUACGAUUAUUUUGAGCAAAUCAAUGGCACUGAUUUUGCCGAGUUCAAUUUGAGGGUUCGAAAGCUCAACCGUACAACGUCCAUCCUCACUGGAGAGGUACUGCUGAAGAAACCGGUCACCGAUGACUUCACUAUCGGUGUCCAGUUGUUCCACAGUCCAAGAGGGAACAAUCAGUUCAACCACUACCCGAUGAAGAUUGCCCCAAAGUCGGUGUGCAUUAUCACGCAUGAAACCUGGCCGGAUUUCGUGGGGUUCUUCCGGGACUACGUGGAGAAUUUGAUUCGCGUGGACGAAUGUCCUGUGGAGGCGAGGACCAUGAUAUUUGGGAAUGUGGUGGCUAACGACGGGAUGCUGAACUCGUACGUUCCGACAGGGUUGUGGAAGGCAAUAAUACACUGCUAUAACGAAGCUGGAGAGGGCUUUACGGUGGUUAUACAAAUGAAGCUGCUGCAAAAUGGAUACUUUUGAAAUGGGGGGCUAAUAAAGUUUGUUUGCUUUGAGUAUU